AGGAAAAUAGGAAAUCAAGGGCUUGGUUGGUUGGUUGGUUCCUUAGCGAAAACACGCACAAAGAAAAAACAUAAAAAAAAAAAAAGAAAAAAGAAAAAAGAAAGAUGGAAAGGGAUGAUGUCGGAUUGAAGUUAACAGCAGCAUAUCGAGUUCAAAUGGUUGCUUCGUUUCUUGAAAUUGCUGUUGGCCAAACUCAUGAAACUGCCAGACAGUUUUUGCAGGCAACAAACUGGCAGCUUGAAGAAGCGAUUCAACUUUUUUAUUUGGGAAAUGAAGUUGACGGUUCUUGCACUCUACCACCAGAUAAUGAUGUGUCCGACCAAGAUUCAGAGAGGCUGGAUAAUCAGACUGGGUUUCAAGAUGUUGAAGAGUUUGGUGGCAGUGAAAUUCGUGCGCCUCUACCAGUUAAAAGAGAUAUUCUAUACGACAGUCCAGUGCUUUACAGUAAUUCUGAUGAGAAAUCAAAAGGUUCUGGUGUCUGGGGAGCAGACCAAGGUUCCACCUCAAGAGCUGAAACUUCUAAAGAUAAUCUUGCUUCCUUGUACCGUUCCCCUUUUGCUUUGAUGUACCGUGGGUCCUUUGAGGAGGCAAAAGAAGCUGCUAGUGGCAAAGACAGAUGGCUUAUAGUUAACGUACAAUCUACCAGGGAAUUUAGCUCACAUAUGCUUAACCGGGAUACCUGGGCCAAUGAAGCUGUUGUUGAAACAAUCACCAAUAAUUUCGUCUUUUGGCAGGUAGCUGAUGAUGCUGAAGAGGGCAGCAAGAUAAGUACGUACUACAAGUUGGAUUCCUAUCCUGUUACUCUUGUCAUUGACCCUAUCACGGGUCAAAAAAUGCGGUUAUGGCGUGGAAUGGUCCAACCAGAUUGUUUAUUGGAAGAUCUCUUGCUAUUUAUGGAUGCUAGCCCAAAGGAUCAUCAUUUCAGCUUGUCACACAAUCAUUCAAAAGAAAUUCCUCACACUUUGCCGUCAAAAACCCAAGAUGAAACAAAUGAAGAUGAUGAGGAAUUGAAGCUGGCACAUGCAUUAUCAAUGGGAACAAUCAAUGAUAAUGUUGAAGUCUCUUUAAAAGGCUCAGAUGCCGUUAAAGAGGUCUCAGAGAAAGAGAAGUGUACUUAUCCACCAUUGCCUGAAGAACCCCAAGGCGAUAGGAACUCGCUUUGUAGGAUCAGAGUCCGGCUUCCAGAUGGACGAAGUCUUCAAAGGAAUUUCUUACGCUCUGACCCAAUACAGUUGCUGUGGUCAUACUGUGCUGCUAACUGUGGCGAGGAGAAGCAAUUCCGAUUGACUCAUGCUAUUCCGGGUGCUAUGAAAGACAUGGAGUAUGGCAGCACUUUAACCUUUGAAGAAUCUGGUGUUGCGAAUUCUAUGAUUUCAGUUACUUGGGAGUGAAGAUUUAAGUAUGGUUUAACUGCUAUAAUCCGUGUUUGGUACCCUGUAAAUGGGAACGUGCUCUUUAAGGAUACGAUCCAUUUUCUUGUAUUUUGUGUAUAUACCGAUCUUACUAAUUAUGACCCAAAGAUGGAAAGCUUUUUAAGUUA